UUUAGUCUACCGUGUUAACCUUGCCUAGCCUGCUUGAUCUAACUUGUUGAGGCCUUCUAUUCAGUGCCAGUGGCGUCAUAGCCUAUUUGUAUGCUGUCUCAUGAUACCAGGUUGCGCUGUGAUUUAGUUGAUCUUUACUAUAGUCUUUAUGGUACAAAACGCCCAGUGUGUAUUCCUGUAGCACAGUUAUCUGGAAUUAUGACUUCUAAUAAACAGGACAUUACCAAAAUCAAAAAGAUUCCUACGAUACCAAAAAUGCUAACAACCACAAGUGCUGAGGCUAAGAAAAUCAUAUCUCCUGCUUCUACAUCUAAAGAUGGAGCACCUCAAGUAAUAAUGGAAGCAGUGGAAUGCAUGAACGUAGAAGUAGUUGCCAGUGAGGAGAAAAUUGAAAAGGAAGCCGAGAUAAUGGAGGUCAAAGCUGAAUCACCAAUUCUUCAAAAGCAAGAAUACUUCUCCGAUAAUUCCGUUUCUUUGCCUGGAAUGGGCCAAAGCGGGCCAGUUGGAUUCGAGCCAGGAAUGUUUCAGAAAGAUGGCGAGGCUAGGCAUAAAAGUGAUUCUCCUGGUAGGGUGAAGAAAAAGAAAAAAGACAAGAAAAAGCACAAACACAAACAUAAGCACAAACACGAACACAAACACAAUAAAGACAAAGAGAGGAAGGACAAAGAUCCCAACAGAAUUACAAAAUUGAAAGAAGAAACACUGAGCUCAACUAGUUCAACGCCUAGUCCAAAUCCAUUAUCUUUAGGUGGUGCAGAAACUAUUUGAGAUUUGCUUGUUUGGAUAUAUGGAUGUUAAUUUUUUUAUCAAAUAAAGACUUUUAAAAUUCUUUGAAAA